GAUUUCCUGUGGCGCAUGCGCAUAGCGGACAGUGAAACUGGUGUGUUGACAAAUAUCGGGGGAGGAGCACUGCGGCUCUGGCUGUGGGAGCGAGUGAAGGCGGUCUCCUCGUCCAACACCUCCGCUAGAAAUGAAGAGCCAACAGAAAAGCCCCGAACCAGACGGGAGUGUUACUGUCAACGAGGAAGGGUCUGUAGCUACAGCCGAGGAUCCAGCAGCCAUUGCUACCAUUCAGUCUGCUGCCACCUUCGCUGACCAGCCCAUCAAAUAUCUCUUCAAGACAGAAGGAGCAGGAGGGCAGGUGACCUACAGAGUGAUCCAGGUGUCAGAUGGCCAGUUGGAGGGUCAGACAGACGGAGCUGCAGCGGUCAGCCUGGUCGCUGGUUUCCCUGCCACCACUCAGGCUGUCACACAGGCAGUCUUUUCCCAGUCAGAGGGGUUGGAGGGAGAUGGCAGCACUGAGACACAGUACACCUACUACCCUGCCACCAUAGCAGACGCCACCACCGGCACCAUGGUGACCACAGUGCAGGCGUCUGACACACUGCUGGGUCAGACCACACCCACAGGUCAGCUUUAUGUUAUGAUGUCACCCCAGGAGGUUUUGACGGGAUCUAAUCAACGGACAAUCGCACCUCGCACUCAGCCAUAUAUCGCAAAGCAGGAGGCUCCUCGGGCCUCGAGAGAUGAGAAACGACGAGCGCAGCACAACGAAGUUGAGCGCAGGCGCAGGGACAAGAUCAACAACUGGAUUGUGCAGCUUUCAAAGACCAUCCCGGACUGUAACGUUGACUACACCAAGACGGGACAGAGUAAAGGGGGGAUCUUGUCCAAAGCCUGCGAUUACAUCAAGGAACUUCGACAGAGCAAUCUGAAGCUGGGGGAAGAUAUCAGUGUUCUGGAUCGUCUCAGGAUUGACAACCAGCUGCUCAGACAGGAGGUGGAAGACUGGAAGUCCAAGAAUCAGAUCCUGAGAAAUCUUUUGCGACAGCAUGGCAUUGUGGGAUCAUCCAGCUCAGACCCCCAGUAGAAGCCUGUUGCCAGUGGGUAUUUGAAGGCAACCACACAUGGGCCAAAAGAGUACUUGAAAUGCAUUUAGAUACUUUAUAUGUGAUCGAGCGUGCAUGGCAUAGGGGAAAAUAACUGAAUAUUGUCAUUAAUAUUGAAAUCCAACUUCUUUGCUAAAUGACACUCUUAAAAGAUGCUUUUGAAGCUUUUUACAACAUUGCAAACUUUUACUCUGUAUUUACAGUACAAUCAUGAUAACGUAGAGAGGAAAAAAAUCUGCUUCACAAGUCACACUGGUUCAGCAAAGCCCUCAUUGAAUGCCUCCCUCAGCAAACAUUCUGAUUGUUAGUAAGCCUCCAGUAGAGUAAGCUCGAAAACAUGACCAGCUUCUCAUGUUCCCUUCUUUUCCUAACCUGAGGUGUGUCCUACGAAGCAAGAUUAAUGACCAGAGUUUUCAGUAUCAUGAAGAUGGCUGUCCUUGAACCUGCUAAAUUACCGUGGUAACUGGUGCUGCACAGGUAGACAUUCUGCUCAGUGUUGGAUUACUGCGGGCUGUAGAUCCCAUUCAGUUGGUGCGGAUGCAGAAAUUUUUUAAAUUUUUGAUCCUAAUUUGCUGCCCAAUCUGCAGCUAAUAGAUGAGAAAAUGAAUGCAUUUAUUGGUAUUUAUACAUCCAUUCUCUAUACACCGCUUUAUCCUCACUAGGGUUGCUGCAAGGUGAAAGUGCUAACCACUACUCCACUGUGCAGCCCUUAUUGGUUUUUAUCACAAAGAAAAUUCUAUCAGAAACAUUGAUUUCACUUUUAUUUGACAAAAAACUGAAGUCACGAUGAGACCUAAAUGUACUUGUUGAGUAUCAUGUUUAAAUGAAUGAAGGUUGAAGUGUCAGCUGUCAUGUUCGAAAUAAAUGACAGCAUUGAUCGGUAGAAUAAAUAUAUCAGCUUAGCUUACACCAUUACCUGAUUUUUACCCACAUUCCUCUCUUUUUGCAUAACAGUGCUUUUUGUCGUGGUACAUUUUUCUAUUCCUUAGUUCUGGAUUAUAACAGUCUGUUCUUUGUGACUCCAUUUUGUGUUGGAGGAGAGUCCGUUUUAUGGGUGCUUGUACAGACCUUGAAGAAAGCCUGGGUCAGCAAAGAAAGUUGAAAACCACCAUCAUGAUACCAUUAGCUCUCUGUUUGGGUCCUGUCGAGCCGGCUUACACAAAGAAAUCCUGGUUAGAUCAAACUUGCUUUGUAGCACACCUCUCUGCAGUCCUGCGCAUUUCUGUAUCAAAAGCACUCUCAUUAAUGUCUCCAAGCAUGUAUUCUUUCAUUGACGUCUUCUAUCAAUAUUACUUUGACCAGUUGAUACCAAGCUUGUCAUUGAGUUCAUAGUCCAACACAUUUUGCUUUGUAUUUUUCUAUGUUUCAUGAAGCCUCAUUGGGGACAAUAAUUGCAUUGCAACAAUGUAACUAAGUAAGUAAACAGGAGUUGGUAAGCAUCGCAUUGUAGGUAGGCUAUGUAUGUCUUUAUAAUAAAAAAUAUCAAAUAAUAUACUAUGUCAUCAGCCACUUUCAACUGUGUUUUAUUAAACUCGAUGAAUUGGUUAAA